ACGGCGAGGAGCACGGCGCUGCUGCUGUGGGCUCAGCUUCUCAGCCUUGUUGGCUCCCAACCCCCCCUGCUGACGAUGGACCCCCCCUGGACACCGCAGUUCAUCGGGCAGAAUGUGAAGCUGACCUGCGGGGACCCCAGUGUGAGCAUCUCCACCACCUGGUACAAGGAUGGGCGGCGGUGGGAGGAAACGCCAUCAAACCACCUCAGUGUGACACUGAGAGACGAAGGGAAACACAGAUGGCAAUGCCAGACCCGAGGCUCUGAGCUCAGCCCUGCUGUUAACCUGACAGCCUCUAAUGUCUGGCUGCUGCUGCAGGUGCCAGCACAGGCGGUGCUGGAGGGGGAUUUGCUGUCCCUGCGCUGCAGUGGCUGGGAAGACAGAAGGCUCCGCGAGGUGCAGUUCUUCCGUGAUGGGAAGCUGCUGCAGGACAGUGGUGGGGACAAACUGCUGCUGUCCCCAGCAAAGCAGCAGCAAAGUGGCCGCUAUCACUGCUCAGCAAAGGUGCACUACUUCCACCCAGGACGGGAAGUCUCACCCCAGGCUGAUCUCGUGGUGCGAGGUGAGACCGAGCAGGGAUGGGUCUGGGUUUGGGUUGGGUUUAGGAUGGGUUUGGAGUGGAUUUGGG